AUGCUCUCAAACCCCAUUAUAACAUUAUUUCAGGAGGAAGAGAAGAUAGUCGCUAAAGCCAGAGGUGUCAGACAGGUAGGCGCUGUCGAAAGAGUUGGCGGCAUCGUUUUCAAGGACAUUUGGUUAGCCUUGACAGAUUUGAAGUGCUGGUUCACUGCUUUCAUGUACUUCUCCUGCAACGUGGGUUUCGCCUCGCUGCCCGUUUUCUUGCCAACAAUCCUGGAAGAUAUGGGAUUCGAAAAGGUUGACGCACAGGGCUUAAGUGCACCGCCGUUUUUUCUGUCUUUCCUCGUCACGAUCUUUUCGACUUGGAUUGCCGACAAAACACAGCAGCGUGGCUACACAAUAGUGUUUCUCACGUGUAUGGGUGGAAUUGGCUACAUAAUUCUAGCAACAGUGAAGACGAUUGGUGUGAGAUACUUUGGCGUCUUCCUUGCUGCCUCAGGAAUCUUCCCAAGCAUUGCAAACAUCUUGCCUUGGGUCACCAAUAACCAGGGAUCAGAUACAAGACGCGGGGCCGGCAUUAUGCUCCUGAACCUAAUAGGACAAUGCGGUCCUCUGCUGGGCACAAACGUUUUCCCCCAGAAGAAGGGCCACGCUACAUCAAAGGCAUGGCUAUCAGCGCGGCAUCGCAGCCCCAUUUCUCUCUACGAUGCCCAGUACUCCAACGGUGAGAAAGUUCCAAUCCCAGAUUCUGUCGUUCAAAAAGUCAUUUCUGCUUUUCAUCGGUUCAAAAGAACAUAUCAAGCUUUUCUCGUCCCGGAGCAGAAUGUUCGGAUAGUGGCGACAGAAGCGACGAGGAACGCCAUCAACGGCAAAGAAUUUUUGAAUCUGAUUGACCGUGAUGUUGGGUGGAGGGUUCAAUUGCUAUCUAAAGAGGAGGAAGGUAGGCUCGGUGCUUUGGGCAUCGCUAGCAGUCUACCUGAACUGCAGGGAUUAGUCAUCGACAUGGGUGGGGGAAGUAUACAAUUAUCACGCGUGUAUGAUACUGGUGUAGAUGGUAUCUAUAUAGGGAGAGAAGGACCUAUCAGUCUCCCUCUUGGUGCGGCAGCCUUGAGUGCUGAGAUAUCUCAGUGCAAGACGGCGAAGGAUCGAGACUCGCAUCGUGAGUCGAUCGUCAAGCAAAUACGCAAAGCUGUUGAGGGACUCGUCAUUGAUGCUACUGCAUCCAUAGAUCUAUACCUAAGCGGUGGAGGUUUCAGGGGCUGGGGUCAUGCACUCAUGGCUUCAGACCCGAUACAAGACUACCCCAUACCUAUUAUCAAUGGCUACUCCAUUGUUGGCUCGCGCCUUCUGCCUGAUGGAGGAAUCUCGAAGACGAUGCUUGACAGCCAUCGUAUCUCGAAGCGUCGAGCCAGCCAACUACCUUCCGUUCAAAUGGCCCUGAAAGCCCUGCAAACAGCUUUGGCUCCUAUCAAGCUCGGUAAUGUCACAUUCUGUCAAGGCGGAAUCAGAGAGGGCCUCUUGUUCAGGGAGCUUUCGAAAGAGAUUCAAGCCCAGCACCCACUGGUAGCAGCUACCAAGUGUUACGGCCCUCCGUCUGCCUCACAGAUCUUCAAAUGCCUCAAGGAGGCAUUACCUCGGGAGGAUAUCAUAGACCAUGGCGUCCUUGAAGCUACAGUGAAUCUCCUCUGUCUGCACGCAUCCUAUCCGAAAGACAUACAGGCCUCCUCUGCGCUACGAUUCGCCAUCACAGGCGCCCUUGCGAAUGCUCACGGGCUGCUACAUCAAGAUCGGGCCCUUCUAUCAUUGGUCCUUUGCGAGCGUUACGGUGGCAAGAUUUCCCGGCUCGACCAAAGCUUUCGUGAGAGUCUUGAAGCCGUCGUAGGUCCUCAAAAAUCAUGGUGGGCAAAAUUCGUGGGAUACGUUGCAAGUACUCUAGCCGAUCUUUACCCAGCGGGCUUGGUACCUGAGGACGAAGAACCCGUGAAGAUCACAAGUGCUCUUAAGGGAGAUCAAGACCAGCAUUGGGAGCAACAAGAAGCAGCCACUAGGGAUGAGGGCACUUUAAGAUUUGUGGUAGAAGUCUCGAUAGCGGGCCCCGACGAUUCAAACUAUGUCGAAGACUUAGCCCAGAGAUUAAGAAAGCUAGGGAAAAGGAAGGCUCAGCCGCACCACACAAGUGGUUGGGCUAUGUGCGUGGAUGUCUCGGUACUCCAACGUGAAGAUCAAUAG